UCAAGCCACCCCCUCGGCGGAAUUCUCAGACCCAUUAUCCCCACGCUCGGGAGAACUUUCGCAGAAGUUUUGAGGAGAUUUGGUUCAUAUUUUUCGGGGGUGGACGAUUUCUGUUGAGGCUCCGACGAGAUUCUGGCGAGCUCCAACGAGCCAUUUUAGGCCGGUUUUGACACCCUCGCCCUCUCCUCACCUUCCUCUUCUACCCUAGUUCUAUUUUGAACUUUUCUAUUGUCAAUUUUGGAGAAUCGGGUUAGAGUUCUUAGUUGAGGAGAAUUGGAAAUUUUUUGCAUGCAUGAUGAAAUUGGGCGAGGGGAAUGUCGAAUUAGGUUGAUUGAAUGAUGGAUGAAGUGUAUGCUAAGUUAAUUGAGCCUUGGUGGGGAAAAUUUAGCAUGAUUUUGUGCUUUGAAUUGAGAAUUCCCACCAAGUGCAGUAUAAGGAAGAAUGACUUGAUACACUUCUGUGAAUGAUGAUUGGUAGCCAUCGAGGCAUGGUUUGUGUUCGAUGUUUUUAUUUGGAAGAACCAUGAAUCACCCAGAACCAUGUCUCAAUGAGCUUUGUCUGCAAAUGAGCUGAAAUGGUUGAAAUCCAAUAUUGUGAAAAGCCUUCUUGAAAUGUUAACAUGGAUGCCCCACCUUGUGGGAGAUUGAAAUUCUGGAGAUAGGCUCCAACGGGGCCCCAUUGGCAGCUUGAUUUUGGACAAUUCGAUGAUCUGAACUGCGGGGAUGCGAUGAGGGAAGCAGUGGCUUACACUCAUUGGCAUUGGCUCCUUGAGAUUGAAGACGACACUUACGCGGAGCUUUGUGUUGGGUUCUUCACAACUUUUUUCAUCCAUCAGAACAAAGAUGUGUCUAGACAUCAAACGCAAUUUCACCUUGGUGGGAUUAAGGGUUUGAUGAGGUUUGAUGAGUUUUGAUGAGCUUUCCCAAGCAAUGGGCAUUUAUGAGGAGCUAGGGGUAGAGUUAGAGGUGGACUCAUUACAAAGUUUCGACUUCCGAAGGGCUUUCAAGAGAUAUUUCCUUCUGAAGAACAGGGAAACUAAGUUUGAUCCUACACGCACUAUGGCAACCACUCUCCUACCUCAAUGGCUCAUCAUCACCACGAUUCUUGCCCAUUCCAUCUUCCCGAGCUACAUGUCGACAAACAAGAUUACUAAGAGAGCCCUCCUCGCGUUUACUUCAAUGGUGGACCCAAAUCAUCGCCUCCACCUCGGUUCCGUCCUGGCAGCAUCCUUCAGCAAAGUCUGAGGCAAUCUUCGGAACACGAUCAUGUCAUUAAGGCCCUACAUCACCCGGAUUGCUCGGCAUUUGAACAUUGACCUCAAGUGAUGCACCAAAGAAGGUCGUUCAUUGUGGUUCGGAGAGGAAACCUUGGAAUCUAUGAACUUAAUUCGGGUCUUUGGACCAUAUCAAUACAUUAAGGGUCUUUUCACACCACUAUGGGUUCUCCCUCCCGAGCACCCGCCCACUCAAACUCCAGGUCGCCGCCGUCGUGCCGCACCACCACCACCAUCAUUAUCAGCCGAAGCUGGUUCCUCAUCCGGAGUUCAGCUUGUGGACCGAGUCACACAUCUUGAGGAGCAGGUCAUGGGAUUUAACACCCGACUAGACUGAUCCACCGACCUUCUAGUGCGAAUUGCUCGCAAGCAGGGUGUCAUGCUAGAUAACGAAGAGAAGGACUGACCCUGGACCAAUGAGAGAUAGUCGACCGAAUGAGAUAUGUGGCAGAGCUAAUUUCUUUCGCCCCACUUCUCUACUUGAAACUCUGAACUCUGUUAUUUUUCUUUUCUUUAGUGUGUGAACUAGCACAUUUGUGAGCUUUUCUUCCUUUUUAUCGUGAUGUGGAAUAUUGUUAUGUGUAAUACUUCUCCUCUUUGGAACAUUUGUGAGUCUUGCUUGUGCUUACUUCUCCUCUUUUGAAGCUUAAAUCUCCUACCCUUGAAACUGUCCCACUUUCACUUGCCAAGCUUUACGGUAACAUCGCUAUACCCCCCAUUUAACGCCAUUGAUGGAAUUGCCGAGCUUAAGUGUGAGUGUGUAUGUGGGGGGGGGGGGGGGGGGGGGGGUAGUUUAUUAUUGUGCUUGUGUUUGUGGUUGAGUGCUUGGAACCCUGAGUUAUGCCCAAAUUUUCAAAUUUGAGGGCUCCAAGCAUUGCAUGAUCAAAGUGGCCGAUUUGCCGGUGAAUCUCGUGUUUAUUGGCAUUAACCUUGAAUCGAUUGCAUGUGAUUGAAUGUGUCCUAUAAUUAUGACUGAGAAUCGCAUUAGGUGUGUGCAAAGGUUUAGUUCUCAUGUGUGCUUAAAUGAACGGAUGUCAUGACUUGGUUACUCUUUGAUCACAAUUGCCUUGCAUAGAAUUUUGUGAAAUUGGAAUAGACGAUUGGGUGAUUAGGUAGCUAGUGAGUUUUGUGCCAAUUUUCUUCUUCUUGUGUUUAUAGAUCCCUCUUACCAUGGCAAGCAACAUUCAUCAUUUUCACUAGUAAGUAAGAUGGAUGCAUAGGUUUAGUCCACGCCCAAAAGUUGAUAGUCUCGAAACAUCUUAUCCCUUAGGCAACCCCUUUGAGCCAUGUGAUUUUGGGGGUUGUUCUCAUGAUAGGAGCUUGUUUCUUGUGAGCUUAAUGGUGAUUGAUAGAACAACCUCUUAUCCUUGCUUCCUGUCUAAACCCUUGUGAGUCGUCCUUAUGUCCCGUUGUUUCACUUUUGAGCUCCAUUGAGGUUCUACAUAGGCGGAUUUUGCACGACUCCUGCUAGGAAUGGAAAGAGAGUGUUGGAGGAAGUUCUUAAUAGAGAGCAUUGUUUGUUAAGUGUUAAGGUGGCAAGCGUUUAACUCUCUAGUACCCCCUCGAAAAAAGAAAAAAAUAGGAAUGAAAAGUAGAAAGAAAAAAAGAAAAGAAAAAGAGGUAAUAAAAUGGGGUAAAUAAAAGUAGAGAGUUGCUUCAAAGUCUAAGUGUUUGCUCAAGAAAGGGUUUCUUGGCAGUCUAGCCAUUGAAAAACCCAAAUUGUUUGUUGACCUCCUUCACUACUAUGCUUGAAUUGUGGAUAGCAAGAUUAGCCGAGGAAGUGUGCUUGAAUGUAGUUUUGUUUGGUAAUGGUUUGGAAGAAGAGAAGUGUGGUUUUUGACCGAUGCUAGUGGCCGAUGAUUUUAGGAAAGGUUCUUAGUCGAAUCCAUUGAAGCUUUGGUUUUAGGUUGAAGAUGUAGGACCUCAUGCUAUGUUUGCCACCACCCAAAAGGCCUUUUCCCCAUGUCCAAGACAAUUGCCAGUCAUUUCAACCCGUGUCUGAGAGCUCUGGACAAGCUAGUGAUGACAACCAUCUUGUGAACUCUAGCAUUUAGAGGUUUCUGUCGUGGUGAAGUGACGAUAGGACUGAUUGUUUAUGAUUGUGCACAUCUUUUGCACCGAAUGGUCCCGACCCCACUGGUGGAGAGUGAGUUAUUCAUUCACAUUUUGCAUGUUCAUAUCUUAUCCCAGUGAGGACCUAUGGCGCCCAUUCGUUUGUUCCAUGGACUUGAACUCUAUGCACGAUUAGUUGUGGUUGGUGAGUAGUCUUGUCGAGACUUGCAUUGAUUUAUGAAUAGGGUGAGAAAUUUUCGUUUGCACAUUCUUAAUGCAUUCGACUAUCGUUUGUGGGGGAUGCUGGUGUUGCUUGUAUUGGUUCAUGUGUUGAUGCCUAAUAGCCAUUGAGAUUCGCCACUUUGAGCCUUUUGAUAUGUCCCCAAGUUAUCUUGUUAGGUUGAGAUAUCACCUUGUUUGGAAAUGGUUUGCUUGGGGUCAAGCAAACGUCUAAGUGUGGGGGAGUGAUUCGGGUCAAAUUGUACACAGUUUAUCCCCAUUUUCCUUAGACGUUUGAUGCAUUUGUACUCCGUGAGGUGUGUGUUUUUAUGCUAGGUUGCACUUUGUUUUAGUAUGUUUCAGAUACUGGCAGGUGAAACUGACCCUGGAAUCGAAAGUGGGACAAAAAUGACCAAAAAAGAGUCAAAGGGUGGAAGAAGUUGAGGAUCACGGCGGAAGCUCAGUUUUCACGGUCUUACGGACCCUCAAAAGAGAGCUUAGACAGUGAAGCAUCGAAGUUCCAGAACAGUUUACGCAUCUCACUGGAGCUCAACCUGUUCAUUGUCGCAAGAUCGUGACCUCAAGCCCCAGACCGUGAACAGACUUAGUGAAACGGUGUAGAUUUGCUAUACAUCACGGUCCAUGAAGGAUGUUCACGACCAUGAACUGGGACCGUGAACUGACUUCGACCUGUGUAUAAAAGGAGGGCUGAGCUUAAGGAAAAAUGGGAGAGACCUAGUGUAAGAAACUUCUUCUUCUUUAGCUUUCUAGAGAGAGAAACUAACAAACCAAAGAAGAGAAGAGGUUAGGGUUUCAUCUCGAAGCAAUUUUGGGAAUUUCUUCCCAAAAGGAGGACCUCUACACCACCAGGAGCAAGGCUAGCAUCUCCAAGAUCGUUUUCCUUCUUGUCCCUUGUGUUUUCUCCUUACCUAGAAUGGUGUAGUCUCUCUUUUCACUUGGGUGUGUGUAAACCCUAACUACAAUGAUGUGAAUGUUUGUAUGGAUUGAAUUAUUAGUGUGUGGGUGUGUCUUAAUUCAAAGUUAUGAGGUAAUUUCAAGAAGAUUGAUUGUGUUUGUGCAUCUCAAUGUCUUGUGCUCUUUUCACCUAGGUAGAGGGGAAUCUCCUUUGAGUAGAGGCUUGUAAAAGCUGGAUUUCCUGGGCAAUUUUUGUCUCCUACUAAGGUAAAUUAGGGAAAACCUCUUAAUUCGUAUUAGCACCUAGGUUUGGUUGUAAUUUGGUUGUCCGAACUCCAAUUCGAGGGUGAAGUCUAGGAAACCCUUAGUUGAUAGGCUAAGAGACCUACCUUGAUUUCUUGAAUCAAAAUCCCUUGGCCUAUUGAACAAGCGAGUGGCGUUUGUUCAUUAGUUGCACUUCCCAACGAUUUACAACCGCCUUUACCACACCUAUGCAUUUGAUCCGACAAAUCAUUAUUGCUAGAUAGGGUGAGCAACACCCGGGUGAAGCCUUCUCAAUAAGUGUCCAAUCCAUUUAAUUUUCCAAACGCUUUUGUUAUAGAUCGUUGUUUCCGCCAAAAAACCAAUUGCUAGAUAAUGUUUCAAACAAUCAAAGUAGGGGUAUAUGGUUCUGCUUGGUUUGAUAUUUAAACAUACUUGCCCUAUAUUGCACUCGGUUAAGGUUUAUACUUGGUCCUUAAUUGGGAUUUUUAUUGUGGUAUGUGGACUAGUCUAAAAGCGAAGUAAAUAUAAAGCAGUAAAUUUUCUGGUUUCAAGUAUGAGAAAGAUCACCCAGGUAUGUGUCCCUCUAGUCUGCAGUCAGUUCAUAUUGUAAUUUCUCAAGUUCAUUUCAAUUGACACAUAUACUGCGGAAGGUUAUUAACAAGUUGGGAAUCUCAACUAAAGAAUUCUAGACCCUCUCAGUUUGAAUACCAGUAGGUGACUAACCUCCACCAAUAUAAGCUAACUGAGGCACUAACACACCAAACUUCCACUAAUAGUUUUCAAUUCCAUUAUAGAGUAAAGAAUCGAUUCCUCGACUAAAGUAAUCGAUUCACUACUUCCAAUUAAGAUUGAUAUUUUAACCUAUGCAGAGACUAUCGUUCUAGGUUAAAGCAUGAUUAACAAGAAUUUGAUUAGGACUCAUGCAAUUCUCAAUAAUGCCUCAAUUAAAUAUAUCAAGUCUCCAAAAAAUCGGGUUCAUACAACCAUCCCUAACAUACAGGACUAUGGUUCUUCAUAUUCGGAUGAGAAGAGAAAUUACUCCAUGGAGAGAAGAGAAAACACAGGCUCGAAGGAGAAAACAUCAUGUGAAGGAUGAGAUUUUUCUCCAGACUGGAAAUCGGCAUUCCGAGGGUGAAAGAUCGAGCUCCAAUGUCCUUAGAUCGCUCCAAUCCCUUCCUAAGGUUACUCUUUGUCAAUUUCUCUCUUUAGGGCUCUCUCUUUCUAUUUUAGAACUUGAAAAACCGGAUGAGUGGCAAAAGUCUCGGCAGCUAAGUAGACUCGAUGAUGAAAUCCACGUUUAGAAUCCACGGUCGUGGAAUUGGGUUUCAGACCGUGGAAUUCCAAGAUGGUGUGUGGCACUUUAUUGGUCCUUGGUGGAAAUCUACGGUCACACCAACUUAAUCUUCGGUAUUGUAAUUGUAAUAUAGUGUAGUCUUCCCACCAGCCUCAUAUACUGUUCUGGAUCCUUUAACAAGGUUCUUUGUGUUGCACUGAGUUUGACCUUUGGGACUGAAGGUGUUUGAAAACCCUUUGUAUCAAUGUUUCUAGAAUCCAGUAUCUGCCAACAAAUCCAUACCGUAUUUUCUCUGGAAUACACUAAGUCUAGUUGUAGUUCUAUUAACUUCCAAUCCCAAGAAAUACUUCAAAGGUCUAAGCAACUUGAUUUUGAAUUCCUUUCUUAGUAACUUCUUGACUUGUUCUAUGUCCUUUUGUGCAUCACCUUCCAUAAUGUCAUCUACAUAUACAAGCAGUACAAUCAUUCUUCCAUGCACCUGUUUGGAAAACAUGGAGUAAUCUCACAUGGAUUGAGAAAAACCACUCUUCAACAAGAACGCGACUAACUUAGCAUACCAUUGCCUUUACCUUCUUGAGUCCAUAUAGUGACUUCUUCAGCCUACAUGCCAUCCUCUUACAACCAGAAGGAGGCCACUCUAAUCCCAAGGGAACUUGUUAACAAGGAUUUUACAAAAUUGAUCUUGACUAUGGGGAAAAGGUAUCCAGGAAAUCAAUUCAUUUGCAACAAGCCUGGCUUUGUAUCUUUCUAUUAAUCCAUUUGGAUUCAAUUUGAAUUAGAAUACCCAUUUGAAUCCAAUGAUAUGUUUACCUUCUGGAACGUCCACAAUGUCCCAAGUCUGAUGAGCAUCCAAUGCACCUAGUUUGUCUUGUACUGCCAUGUUCCAUCCCAUGGACUUAAUAGCUUCAUAGUACAAAAUAGGUUCAAUGUCAGACAAGACACUUAGAUCAUAUGCUCUAUUAGCUACAUUCAGGUGAUCAAAAUUCAUGACUAUGGGAUAUGAUGUGGUAGUAGCACCAAAAGUACCAAAUUGCAAUUGAGGAUCAAAUUCACUAUCAUUUAGCCUUGCAUUGAAAUCAGGAUGUCAGGGAGAUCAUCUUAGUGGUGGCCAAACUCAGGUUGAGGGAGAAAUUCACAAUCCUGCUCGCAAUGUUGAUCAAUGACAGGUGAGGUUAUCACCUCAGCCUCAGCUUCAGGUACUUCUAAAUCUGUAACCCCCUUUUCAACUAAGACUGUUCUGGAGAAGGAGGUAGAGGAAGAGUGAUUGGAGAGGCUAAAGAGAAGGAAGGUGGAGAAGGAGGUGGAGAAUAAGGUACUAUUGGGGAGUCAUAAGAAUGCCUAAAAGGAAGGAUCAACUCAUAAAAGACUACAACUCUAGAUAUAAACACUUUCUUAUUGAUGAGUGCACGUUUUCUGACUGUCUGGGUCAUUAACUAAUUUUGGUUAUUAUUAUUAUUGUUUAUUUGGAUAUUCUUUUGGUUAUUUUGUGUUAUUAUUAUUUCUUGUUAAGGAAAUAAUCAGUUAGGAGUUGG